UCUAUGUAGUAUUCGUUUGUCUUACAUUAAUCAAGAAUAAAUUCCUAUUAGGUCUGAAAUUCAGUGUGUUGCAAAUAAAACCAUUGGAAGCAACGACGAUAGCCGACGAUCUGGCAACACCCAGUUAGUUGGCAUCAAAAUUUUUGUAAAAGCAGCUGCCUUGACCAGCGGCAAACGGAGUUUGGGCAACAGUAUAACACAGCAACAUUAACAUGUCACUCUGCGACACAAUCGACUACAUCACCCUGGGCAAUCCUGUCAGCAAGAUGGUCCUCUCAAGCGCAUCCGCCUUGCUCCGCACUAUGGGACUGCGUCCAAAGCAGGUUUCAGUACAGGAUUCCCUAAUGCAGGUCCAACCAUCCAUACAUCAAUACGUGCAUCCGCACGGUUCACUGUACUGUCUCGCCGGUAGUCACUACCACUUCGUGCGUCUUGCCGGGAUUGGCGGAGCAUCGGCCAUUUUCAUGGGCGCCUACUGCAAGUACAUUCUAAAGGAUAUCGGAGACCCCAAAGAGCAGAUGGAUUCGCAGGCCUUCGCCGAUGUAGCCAACCGCAUUCACUUUCUGCACUCCUUCGCCUUGAUGGCCCUGCCCUUGGCCCACUUUCCAGUAUUCACUGGCAUAUUAAUGGCAACAGGCACAGUGCUGUUCAGCGGCUGCAUGUAUUACCGCGCCUUAACUGGAGAGAAGCGGCUGCAACCAUACGCAACCGUUGGAGGAUUCUGCCUAAUGGCCGCGUGGCUGUCCCUGGUCUUUUAAGGAGGAAAGCAGGCCGACUUAUUUAUAUCUUAAAUAUAGCACAUACCGAACAGCUAUGUCGUCGGGGGGCAACUAAAGCUAAGCCAAGUUAAACAUAUAUAUAUCAGCUAUAAAUGAUAAAUACAUUCUGCGUUAGUCUGCGUUACUCUUAGUGCGCUGGCAGUAAUAAUAUUAAUAGUAUGAUACAUUUAA